AUGCGUGAGCUCGAUGCGGCCUUGUCAACGUUUCGCCCGCGGCUUGUUGAGGCUCGCAUCGGCCAGCCACGCUUUGUCGCUACCGAAGACGAGCUUCCCGCUGCGGUCUUCACUUGGUGGAAUCUGCUUGAUGCGGUCAUGGCGACUGCCGACAUCAGUGAGAGGUACCAAACAGGCUACCUUCGCGAGUUCCAAGUGCGUCGCAUGCUGAGCCUUGCGCGGCUGCCAGGCAUGCGCACUUACUGCGAGAUCGGCAUGAACGGCGGCCACAGCACCGCCGCAAUGCUGGAGGCCAAUGCCAACCUCAUAGUGCACAGCUGGGACCUAAUGAAGUUCAAGUACAGCCGCCCGGUCACUGAUCUGCUCACGCGCUUCGGCCAUCGAGUCAACUUCCACGCCGGCGAUACGCGAAGAACGCUCACGGCCAGCGUCUUCAAUGUCACAUGCGACCUAAUCCUCGUCGACGGUGAUCACACCUUCGAGGGGGCCUUGAGGGACAUGCGUCGCUUGAAGGCGUUCGCCACACCUCAGAGCAUCGUCGUGGUCGAUGACAUCGCACUGCCACCGGGCCAGGCGUUGGACCAGCUUUGCCGCCCAACCAACUGCAUGCGGUGGGGAUUUGCGGUGGCCGCCUACAACUUGACGUCAACGCCUAUCUCCCGAGCCAUCUAG